AUGGGCCAAUCUUCAAGCACAGAGUCCCAAGAAACAGCGAAGUUUACUAAUGGCAAGCUUUCGCGGGGUGAGCUGGAGAAUGCAUUCAUCAGGGAAGCAGCACGGUGUUUUCAGCCAAUUGAGCUGAUCUCGCUUCGAGAUAAUCUAGGUCUCGAAGAGUUGCAAGGAUCAACUGUUAUCUCAACCAAACAUAUUACAAAUAUUAUUCAACUUCCGGAUACACCAGCAACACAGGAUAUCAUAAGAUGCAUUUGUUUCUUAGCCCGAUUUCCGAACUAUCGCACCGGUCCCGAUCUCAAUGUUGCUGGGGUGCUCAAGGUAUUGACCAUACUGAACCCCGAGAAAUUUGCUCAGCUAUUUGGUAACACGCGCUACUUUCUCAUGCUGAUCUUUCUAGCCUUGAGCUUUGAUUCAAGGCACGAGCCAGAUCCCGAUAAGUCGGAGAAAAUAGCUUCCUCGAAUGACCUAGUGGAUGUGGUCUACUUGCAAGAUAAAAUCCAAUGGAUGCUUAUUCCUCAAGUGCAAUCAUUCGACGGUAUUGAAUUCUCGCAGUACCCUCUACCGGCUUCAAAGCUUCUAAGGGUGUUGACACUGCUACUUUACGUGGCACCGAUCAGUUUGGAGGUGAACCGGUCGCAACCUUUAGGAAAGCAGCUCCAAUUCGACGAUUUGGGUUGGCUGGAAUACGAAAAGAAGGCAAUGAACUUAUUGCGCUCAUUUGACCUGGACUUGACAAGCUCAAACUACACAUCUAAAAAAGUUACGUUCUCUACGUUUGAGAAAAUCAUUGGUACUUCGUACUCCAACGGAACCAUGCCCAACUUGCUUGUGCCACUACACCACUUGCUGGAUUCGCUGCUCUAUAGUACAAGAACAACUCUUCACAACAUCGAGUUCGCCGAUUCUCGUAUUCUCACACAUCCGAUGCUUUCGCAGCUGGCUACCAUACUGCCCGACGAGCUUGUUUUCACCAGACUCAAGAAACUAUUUGUGGGUGCAGAGUCUGGAUUUAGCAUGCGUUCCAUGGAAUCAAAAGUCUUUAAAUGGAACGCACCCACCAUACUCUUAGUUUCCGGUAAACUGAUCGAGAUGCAACCGUCAUCCGGGCCUGUCCCAAAGAACAAGAAAUACGCUGCUUUUCUUACUGAAUAUCCUCGCUUUCACGCAUCAAACAACAAGUCACCUAAACCGCCCUCAGCCGAUGAUGAUACGUACACAUUCAUGGUUUAUUUACAAAAGCCAUGGAGAAUCAGCAACAGCGAAUGUUUCGGAGACGAACACUCCUUCAUUGCACAGUUAUCUCCCAGACAGAUCCUAUACCCGUCUUCUGCUUACGCACAUAACUACGCCUAUUUCAGCACGCUUGGAGGAGGCCUCGGAUUUGGUAGCAAGCCUCCACUCAUCAAAAACAAUGUCCGGAUUUUCAAGCCGGGAGAAGUGUCGCUCACAAUUGAAGCUGCAAUGGAAAUUGCCAGUUUCCGCCAUCUGGCUGUGCCAGGAACAUACAAAACCGGCUCAAUAUUUCCGCACAACGUGCCAGAGUUUGAAAUUAGCAUCAACAUUACCAACCUCGAGGUUUGGGGCUGCGGAUCGCAGAAAGAGCUCGAGGAACAGAAAAAGCUAUGGGAAUGGGAAAACAGGGAGGCAGAAGCGAGGAAGAAGCUCAACGCGAUGCAUUGGGAUGAUGGAAGGGCGUUACUUGAGAUGGCAGGCAUGAUAGGCAAACAUCAGAGCGGCGGUAGCGUGUGA